AUACGCAUUCCGAAGCUGCCCACAAAUUAAAAGAUGAAGAGCUAGUAGAAAUCUGCCGUGAUCCGGACAGACCCGAGCGUAACCGCCUAGUCCUGCGUAAAAUUCAUCAACAUCUGAGUCAUGAAGAUUACAUGCGUAUCCGACAAAAUCGCAAACUACAACGUUUCUUUGGAGAAAAGGUUCCGACAACGCCACAAGGGUUCUCUCAGAAGAAACUCAGAAACUUUUUCGGACAACGACCACCAUCAGAAUUGAUUUCUUUGAAUCUCACAGAAUAUUUUCCUGGCCAUAAUAGUGAAGAGCUGGAAAGAAGUCAUAGAAUGUCGAUGAGGAGGGCUUCGAGGCCGUCGGGACCGUCGAGACCGAAAUCGAGAACCAUUUCUAAAUUAUAUGAUAAUGAGUCACUAUCCUCGUCAUCAUCGUCAUUUACUCUAGUACCGUCUGUGCAAGGUGAUGACUGUUCGUGUCAUGAACUGCCUAUACUUGAGGAAGAGCGUAACAACGAGUUUCAGGUUAUGGAGGAUGAGGAAGUUGAGGAGAAUUGGAACCCAGAUGCCGAUACCGAUAGUACUGAUGUUUUAGCUGAUUCACUUGUAUUACAUUGUUGUUUUGCAGAUACGUCGGAUCUAUCUCCUUUCAAGUGGAUCAAAGGAGCACUUAUUGGAUCAGGUUCUUUUGGCAACGUGUAUCUUGGCUUGAAUUCUGCAACUGGAGAACUGAUGGCUGUAAAGCAAGUCGAAUUACCAACUGGACAGUCUUCGAAUGAAGACAGAAAGAAAUCGAUGUUGGAUGCGUUACAGAGAGAAAUUACACUGCUGAAAGAGCUGGAUCAUGAGAAUAUUGUCCGAUACCUUGGCUCGCAACACGAUGAAAAGAGUCUCAACAUUUUCUUAGAAUACGUUCCAGGCGGUUCAGUAUCCUCUAUGCUGAGAAACUAUGGUCCACAGGAGGAAACACUCGUACGGUCCUUUGUCCGACAGAUAUUGACAGGAUUGAAUUAUCUGCAUGAACGAGAUAUAAUACAUAGAGAUAUAAAAGGGGCCAAUAUACUUGUUGACAAUAAGGGAGGAAUUAAGAUUUCGGACUUUGGAAUAUCCAAGAAAGUUGAAGAUGAAUUCAUGGCGGCUACAUCUGCACAUCGUCCAUCGCUUCAGGGUUCGGUGUUUUGGAUGGCACCAGAAGUCGUAAAGCAGACACAUUAUACGACCAAAGCAGACAUAUGGUCACUUGGGUGCCUGAUUGUCGAAAUGUUCACUGGCGAUCAUCCAUUCCCUACAUUACAUCAGAUGCAGGCAAUGUUCAAGAUCGGAUUAUCGUGUGCCCCAGAAAUACCGGAUAAUAUAUCACAUGAUGCAACGGACUUUUUGCGGUUGACUUUUGAAGCUGAUCAUGUCAAGAGACCACCUGCUAGUGUACUGCAGGAUCACCCAUUUGUAACAACAACGCUUAAAUCAUCUCCACAACCCUCUCCUUAA